UGUUUCGAAGCGCCGGCGCGGCAGUGCCCCGUGGCCAUGGAGGCUGUGCCGUGCGAAGAGCACGGGUCCCUUUGCUUCCUGAAGACGGGCGUCCGCGACGGCCCCAACAAGGGGAAGAGCUUCUACGUGUGCGGGGCGCGGGGCUCCGCGAAGUGCGGCUUCGUCCUGCCGGCCCCUGUCCCUGCUUCUCACUGCUUGAUCCACGAGGGAUGCGUGGUGGAGCUGCAGGUCCUGGUCCAGCAGCAGGACAGAGAUGAAUACCAAUUGUUUUACCGAUGCCUUAAAAGUAAGUUGAAUGGGAAGAAAUGGUGUGGAAGCGUCCCAUGGCAGGAUCCAAAAGCUACCAAAGUGUCAAAAGCGUUAGAAUCCCAGCCCAACACAGCACUCCUCUCCAAUCCCACCAGCCAAAGAAAUCCAUUCAAAGUGCUGGACAAGAAUUGUGCACCGUCAAUCUGGAAACAAAUGAACCAAGGAAACGGGGAGGAAAGUAAAGCAAAAGGAGUAAAAGUAGAGAAGGAGAGCAUGCUGGUGUCACGUAAAGAAAAGAACUCAACCUCUGAUUCCUCAAUAGAGACACAACCUCUAGAAGGGCUGAAAACUAAAAAGAAACCAUCCACAGGAAGUACAAGUGAUCCUGAACUUCAGGAAACUACAGUGUCUGAAUCUGAACUUGACCUUUCUGAGACUAGGAAAGGGAAAAAUACUGUUUGGGAGGAAAAGAAAUAUGGUGGCAGUGGCAGGGAAUCCAAGAAGUCUUCUGAAUGUGUGGACAAAGAGCCAGGCGCAAGAUCAAAACUCUUUUCACUAAAUCUUGAAAAGCAGAAUACAAGUGCUAAGCUACCAGAGGACGAGCAACUGGAAGAAAAAAGCUUAAAAAUCUGUAGAGAUAAAGAAGUGAGAGAGAAAGGUUCCACUGGUCAGAAAAAUGGAGAAAUGAAACCUGAAGAUUUAAAACCUAAAGUGAUGCCUAAAGAAGAUGCUAUUUCUCCAGCAGUUCCACCUUCCCUGUGCACUGCUCUGGCAGGAGAAGCAGAGGCAGCGCCACCCAAGGCACAAAUCAGGCCAGGGCUGCCACAGCCUGCUGGUGAAACCUCUGGCAGUGACAGUGAUGAAGUACAGUUUGUUCAUUCCUCAUCAGGUAAAAGUAAACCUGAGAAAACAGUGGAGAUUCCUUCGGGAAAGAGUGUGCAGGGGGCAUCUUUGCCAGGAGCAACAGCAUCACAUCACGUGGAAAGACCCCAGGACCGUAAAGAGCUUCAUAACCAUCUUGUAGUCCAGCUGAAUCAGAAAAAGAGUACAUUGGCUAGAGUGAACAUUCAACUGCUCCCAGAUAAAGGAGAAAGGUUAUUAAAGCAAGUGCAGGAUUUGGAAGCUGCACUCAGUGCUCUUAACAUUUCAACAGCAGAUACUAAUGAAAAAGGGCAGGAUAGCACAAGCAGCAGCUGCCGUGGAGAAUCCUUGCCUAACCCAUGUGACAGGCCAGGUGGUACGAAGUUGAUAACACCACUCCCACUCCAGGAUCCUACAGCAAAGGCCUCCUCAGGCUCACACAGUCACCCUUCUGCUGCUGUUACUUUGGGUUCCAGUGAAUAUUGUGGCCAAAGUUUUGGAAUGAGCUUCGGUAUGCAGAAUCUAUAUGGGGGAAGAAUGACACAAGACCGACUCAGGGCUGUACACAGUGCCACAUGUGAGGCUAUUAAUCAGCUUCACAAAUCUCUAGAAUCCUGUCCGACAGAGCAGACAGUAGCUGAAGAUCCCUCUGGAUUGAAGGUUCCACUGCUGCUGCACCAAAAGCAGGCACUCGCCUGGCUACUCUGGAGAGAGAGUCAGAGGCCGUGUGGAGGAAUUCUGGCGGAUGACAUGGGCUUGGGGAAGACUCUAACGAUGAUUGCUCUCAUUCUGGCCCAGAAACAGCUGAAGACAGAGAAAAGAAAGGAGACCGUAGACAUAUGGCUAUCCAAAAAUGAUUGCACUGUUAUCCCUUCCCAUGGCACUUUAAUCAUUUGUCCUGCAUCCUUGAUCCAUCACUGGAAGAAAGAGAUUGACAAACGUGUCGCCUUUGGCAAACUGAGGGUCUAUUUGUACCAUGGGCCAAACAGAGAUAAACAUGCAGAGGCGCUUUCUGGAUAUGAUGUUGUUGUCACAACCUACAGCCUUGUCUCCAAGGAGGUUCCCACAAGCAAAGAGGAGGGGGAAGUCCCUGCUGAGGACCAUGAUGUGGGGAGUGGGUCAUCUCCCUGUUCCCCCCUGCUCAGGGUAGCUUGGGCUCGACUUAUACUGGAUGAAGCUCACAAUAUUAAAAACCCAAGGUCCCAAACCUCCAUAGCUGUGUGCAAGCUGAGAGCCAGUGCCAGGUGGGCCGUCACCGGGACGCCGAUACAGAACAACUUGCUGGACAUGUACUCCCUCCUGAGGUUUCUACGUUGCCCUCCUUUUGAUGAAUACAAAGUGUGGAAGUACCAGGUAGACAACAACACGAAGAAGGGAGCCGAGAGGCUAAGCCUCUUAACCAGGAGCCUCUUACUGCAGAGAACUAAGAACCAGCUGGAUUCCACUGGCAAGCCCUUGGUAACUCUGCCCCAGCGUAGCACACAGUUGCAUCAGUUAAAACUAUCAGCAGAGGAGCAGUCUGUGUACAAUGUGCUCUUUGCAAGAUCCAGGUCAACACUACAAUCCUACCUAAAGAGACAAGAGCAGAAAAAUGAAGACAGAGAGUAUGCUGGUGGUAACCCAUUUGAGAAAGUUGCACAAGAGUUUGGAGUCAGUCAAAAGGAAUUUUUAGCAGGCUCACAAAGUGCCUCCCAGGUCUCAAGUACUGUCCACGUGUUAUCCAUGCUCUUGAGGCUCCGUCAGUGCUGCUGCCAUCUCUCCUUACUGAAAGUGGCUCUGGAUCAAGUUAGCUUGAACAGUGAAGGCCUUUCCCUCUCCAUUGAGGAACAACUUGGUGCUUUGACACUGUCUGAGCUCCAGACUCCUGAUUCCCAGUCGACAGUCUACCUCAAUGGCACAGCUUUUAAAACAGAUAUCUUUGAAAUCACCAGGGAGAGCUCAAAGAUAGCUCACCUCUUGGCUGAACUGAAAACUAUUCAGAGUCACUCAGAGCCUCAGAAAAGUGUUGUUGUCUCCCAGUGGACGAGUAUGCUGAAAGUUGUGGCUGUGCACCUCCAGCGACUGGGGCUCAAGUACGCAACAGUGGACGGCUCUGUCAAUCCUAAACAGAGAAUGGAUGUGGUAGAAGAGUUCAAUAGCAAUCCUAAAGGGCCUCAGGUAAUGUUGGUCUCAUUGCUGGCUGGAGGCGUUGGCCUGAACUUGACUGGAGGAAACCAUCUCUUUCUCCUUGACAUGCACUGGAAUCCUGCUCUCGAGGACCAGGCGUGUGACCGCAUAUACCGAGUGGGGCAGAAGAAGGACGUUGUGAUACACAGGUUUGUCUGUGAAGGAACAGUAGAAGAAAAGAUCCUGCAACUCCAGACCAGGAAGAAAGGUCUCGCCCAGCAGGUUCUGUCAGGCAAAGGAGAGGCCCUCACUAAGCUCACUCUGGCUGACCUCAAAAUUCUCUUUGGCAUCUAAUUAUCUUUUUCAAUACCCAACAGAAAGUAAUUUAUACCUACAAGUAAUGGUGCAGACUUCAACAAAAGACUUCUGUUUUGAGGUGGUCAUUUACUUUAAACAAAUAACUACAUUUUUUAACUUUUCUGGGAAGAACAGUUCAAGAAUUUGUUUCAAAACUAAAAUUAGAUGUUGUAUCCAAAGGUUAAUAAAAUGAUAAGUUAAGCUGUUGUUUUAAAACACUUUUAAAUAAAUAUUUGAAA